AUGAAUUCCAACUGGUCACGGGUCAAUUUCAGAACACGCGUGACAAGUCUUGGGCAAGUGCUACCAGCACGACAUAACCACUACUGUUCAACGUUCAACGUCCACACACAGCAGUGGUCGACGCCGUAUCAGGGUUCAUGUUGGGAUAAGGCCUCAGGCACAUCCCAAUUGCCAUUUGCAAACAACGCAUUCUCGACAUGGCUCCAUUUCUCUCCCAUCUUUCAUUCAUCGCUUCUAUCGCUUGCCUUGUGGUUCCUUAGGCUCACAAUCUUCUCACUAUGCCUACGCACGUACUUCGGGCCCUGGCUCCUUGCCUCGAUGUCUAAUCACAUCCGGGUACGCAGCAUUAGCUUUAGGUCUAUACGGGGCCUUUAUUUUCGGAGAGGGCGUUGCACAUGGCGCGUCGAACGGGUUGGUUAUGUCUGGUCUUCCUUCGAAGGCUCCAAACGUCUCGCACUCAAACUCGACGGAUUGAGUCUGGAAAUAGGGAUGGCCGAACCCGAGAAAACAGCUUCCCCGCCACGACGUCACAUACGCAACCUUACACUCGCGGAUCUCAACCCUUCUCCGCUUGCUCAUCGCAUGUGGUCUCUCAUAUCGACAGUCGCCGUUUUCCUGGAGCCAUUUUUUCGCCCAUUAAUCAGAACAUACGUGGUGGCAUGCCUCCGCAUUGGAAUUCAACUGCUGCCGAUGCUUUCACAGGCCCUUUCUUUCGACCUCCAGUCUGUUGUUCUGACCUUUGCCGCCGUGCCUGAAGCGAAAAUCGUGGCUGAGCAGAUUUCCAUCCACGCGUCAGUCGACUUUACGCAACUCGAACCCGUCCUAGAUUUAGUUGAGAUGGAGGAGGCACCACGCCCCAGAGAUCCUCGAAAAGCAAGCGGGAUGUCCAUUUGGAAGCGGCGCCUAACAGAGAGUUUCCAUCGAUCGCUGGAUAGGGCAUGGGGCAUGACAAAGGGAACUGCCGCCAUCGCGCUCAAAAUUCACAACAUAUCGGGAACGUCACCAGGCUCUUCUCUUGAUAAUGGAAUCAUGAUCCCAUUCCUUCUUUCGACUGGCGUUAUCGAUCUAAGCGCGAAGUUACAGUUCAGUCCCAGAGCGGGGACGGUUGAGCCCCACAGCUUUGACAUGAAACUUGCGACUGGACACUGCUCCGCAAAGGUAGAUACCUUGAACGCACUGCUGAAGAAGUUGAUUCCAGAUUCCACACGAGGCGCACCUGCCAGCACUGUGCCAACUUCAGUGUACCCCUCCUCACCAUGUGUGGAUACCCCGACUUCGUCAUUCCCAUUUUCGAGAACCCAACCCUCGCCAAAUUUCUCUUCUGCUCUCCCAACAUCUUUGACUCCGAAUUUCUCGCCAACCUCAACACCACCCCUAUCCUCUAUGGGCCAGUUGUUUUCUUCGAAACCUCUCACAUCACCAAUAAAAGCACUAUCAGCUAAAAUGCGCCCUCGAUCUCGUUAUCAUACGCAACCUUGCUUUCGGUUAAAGAGUGCAAAAAACUCAUCCUUAUUAUCGAUUUUGAAACGGGUCGAGGUUUCCGUUGCUUCAAUUGCUUUGUCUGUAUCCCCCGACAUAGCCACAGGUCCUUACAAAGCUGUCAUUCAAGAUGCACAAGUAACCAUAGAUCAAAGUGACCACAAUCAACAUGAUCUACAGCGGCAAUUCCUCGGCCGCAACGCAACCUGUGAGAGCUUUGACGCUGAGUCCUACGCUAUCAGAUUAUCGUUGCGUGAAACGACAAUUGAAAGGCAAAGGAAGCAGGGUUGUUCCCGCCUCCUGAAGCUAGGUGUUAUCGAAGUAAGCACCUUGGUUCAUCAAUGGCCAUCUCCCUGGCUUGUCACUUCCCCGUUCAUUCGAGGCGAUCCUAACGCGGCGCUACUCGCCAUCCAAAUGAAGGUCGAGGGCAUUGAAGUGGUCGAACAACUGGAUCACGUGCGUCAGUUGAUUGACGACAUUCAGGAUCUACAGCUCAAGACACAAGGUGCCCCUCCGCCCUCCCUUCCUGCGCCAUUGAUGGUUCCACGUAUAUCGUUUGCAAUGGAGUGUGGUCCAAUUUUUGGCCGCAUAAUUUAUCAGGUUAGCGACAGUACAAGCUGCAACGCGAUGGAAAUGAGAACAAGAGGCUUCACUGCCUCCCUUCAAUCCAAUUAUACACACUCCCUUAUGCGCCAAACUUUUCCUGGGACAUCGGAUGUCCCAGUCCGACUGGAAUGCAAUAUUUACUACGGCUUGGAGCCUACUUUUUUUAGAACUCGACUGCAAUGGAACUCCGACGGCAAGGCAGGGAAUCAUUCCCCCCAAGACAAAUUCAUGGACGACCCCCCGAUGUUAUCCAUUGGAAUGGUGGAAUUAUUUGGCACGAUUCAAGGUUUCGCUGAAGUGGAUGUCGUCUCAGGAGUCGCCAUUGUUGAUCGAACAUCGCUUAUUUCGGAUCUUCAUCUUUCGAUUGAAACUAUCUGCAUUGAAUUCUGGCACCAAGUGGUCGUUGAUUCCUUUCACCAUCUCCUAUCAAUCCUGCCGGAGAAGGCGCCAUCAACUGUCACAGCUUCCCCGACGAAAUUCAAUCGACUUCCUGUGGGAUUGGCGGCCAAGGUGGCUGUAUCUCGUCUAGUAGUGUUUGUCACUGCACCAGACAUUAAUCCUGGUGAUAAGUCGGAGCUCUCGCGUGGCUUGGCACUCCGAGCUGGGGUUGGAGUGGAAUAUUGCUCUCUACACACCUCUCACGAUUAUUGGUUUGAGGAUCAUCGCCGCACGCAAACAAGAACACAGCUGUCUCUGCCAGCAGAACCGACUGUUGAUGCCAUCACUGCGGCCAGAGCGUCAGGCUCAUCGCAAGACGUAUCGGCUUUCAUCAAGAUACGCACUUCAGACCUGAUCUUAAAGAGUGCUAUUGCCACGCAAUUUGAACCCGACGAACCGGCAAUUGCUGGCCGAGAGGAUGUUAUUAAAAGCCCCCAUGAAUUCUUGUGUGUUGGAGCUGUACAAACAGACGUCUGUCUGUCUUACAAAGAUUCAUCCUCUUCAUCUCAGGCAACCGAUACCUGCAACGUUUCCAUUCACAUUCCUGAUAUACGCGCAGAUUUUCAGCUGGUUCAUAUCUACAGUGUCCUUCUUGCUCUUCAGACGCUGCGGUCCCUGUCUCCUCCUCUGCCACCCCGUCAUACUAACGAAAUUCCCCUCAAUCCUUCCUACCACAAAGUGCAAUUUAUGAUCCAGACGAAUAUAACAGUAGUUCAAGUAUUAUGGGCCCUUCCCCAGAAGAUUAUGGUCACUCGUAUCGAUGGACUUACCGCCCACUUGGCUUCGGAUGGGCCGCCUCGGCUUCGGAUGCACAAAGCCGUCGCUCUUGUACCACUGCCUUCACAAGCCAAUAGAUGGGAAGAUAUUAGCACGACUCGUAAGUGGGGGGAACUCAUCGAUUUGCAUGUCUGGGAGAUAUGUUUUUCUCCUCAUGCUGGCUCCCUCUCCGCUGCCAUUGAGGGGGAGAGCCUCCGCCUUCGAAUUCCUCCAGGAUUUGUUGUAGCUGAUUUGAUUUAUGACGCCAUUGUCACCGUCAAGGCGUUGCGUCAUAUAGCCCACAUGGCGACUGUAGGCUGUUAUUCAGACAUGCCACCUCCCGAACCGGAAGGCCCUAAAAUUGUUCCCCAUCUUACCUUCCGCCUUAACUAUGUUUGCCUGGAAGCACUUGACGAUCCCUUUGAAAGUAAAUUGAGCCUAAUUUGGCAGGCAGGCGCAGAGGCAGUCAGGCAACGAGUGGACCGUGAAGAAGCGUUUUUAGCGAAAGUGGCUGCCAUCCAAGCCGCCGAACCUGGCAUGUCCCCCGAACCCCUGGUAUCUAAGAUUGAACAUGAUUACCAGUUUGGGGCCAAGCAUUCAAUCUCUAUUCAGGAAGCCCGUAAGCGGCUUGAUGAUGUUCAUGCCCUCGAUUGGACUCUUAGAUUGGAGAAGCUACGAGAGCGACGGUCGAAAGAAGAGGGUUCCGUUCUCCAUAAGGUCUAUGGGACAUACCCUUCCCUUUCAUCAACUCCAAUUCCUGAUCUCGUGAGUCCUGAACCCCUGAUAGCCGCGCCACCGUUGCUUCGGGUCGCCCUUCACAAUUUGUCUCUCACUGUUUCCCCCCCUUCAUUCCCUACUAAACGCCUUGCCGAUUUUCUGCACGAUCAAGGGGGUGGUGUCCCCAAAAAUACGCUUUUUUCGUUGCUAAUUCCGAUGCACAUUCACUUUACAUUGUCAAGUCUGCAAAUUACCCUCAGAGACCAUCCCCUUCCUUUGGUUCACAUUCCUUCUCACAGUGAUCCAGGUACAACUUCCUGGACCUUCGAUUCUGAUCUGGUUGUUGGAGAAGAAAUGGGUACCUCAAAGUCGGUUGACUGGGUUACUUGUCCGAUUAUUGAAAAAGACCACGCACUCCACGGAGAAGCGCCACUCUCGAUCAAAGUCCCAAAGACGAUCAUGCCCAUCAAGACCUACGCAAAUCCCGUUGUUAAAGUGAAUACCUCGGCUACAACUGUUCUUUCUUGGGGGGUGAGCUACGGUCCAGUAAUUCAAGAUGUUAUGCGAAUCGUAGAAACUUUGACUACACCACAACGAGAUUCGUCGCCACCAAUAGGGUUUUGGGAUAAAAUGCGCCUCGUUUUUCAUUGGAGCAUCAAGGUAACAUUCGCUAGCGAUGUCCAAUUAUAUCUCAAAGGCUCUCGAGAUCCACACAGCACCAAUGAUGUCGGAGCUGGAUUUGUACUGUCCUGGCAGGGAAAUCCAGAAAUACAUAUCGCUCACCCGAAUGAACAACGAGAGCUCAUACAAGUGAUGAGUGAUGUGAUGCUCAUUGCCGUGCCCGACUUUGAGCACAUAUCUCCAAGUGUUCACACCCCACAUCACCACCGAGCUUGGGAGCGUACGAAACGGUUUCAAAAGGUCUGUGCACAGCUUAGCUCAGGCGUACGUUACGGGAUCGGUUUCGUGCCCGAAAGGUCAUGCGGGCCUGAAUGCACGAAAUGCCGUGGAACACCUUUUCAUCGUAAUUGCCGACAUUUCAAUUUCCGUCCACAUUUUGAAGUCAAGCUGGAAAGGAAGAUAGGCACACCUAUUGAAAAGGGACCAGAGGACUCCUUCAAUGGAUUUCGAUCAGACUUCGUGCAUCUAUCGGUCUCUUUGGCCUCGUCGAUCAAACCUUCCCAGCUAGAAUCUUCCAGGGAGUUCAGUAGUCUUCAUCUCACGCCAAAAAUUUUCGCCCACUUCUGGUCAUGGUGGGCUUUAUUCGAUGGCGUGCUUUCACUCCCAGUACGCCAAGGUACAUAUCAUCCAACACGACCGAUCUCACCGAAACUCAGUCGACAUAUUGCCACAAUUAAGUAUCGAAUAUCAGUUCCUCGCCUCUACUUUAUGCAUGGUUACAUGGACAAUUCACGAGAAACUUGGGUUGACGGCGUUACAAGUUGGGUGGGUGUGAAAGGUAUGGUAGAUGAAAUCCAAGCAGACAUGCAUCAGCGCGAAGAAGAAUUGAUUGUUCCUGGUGCUGUCCCGAACACAACCAAAGUUCUACGGCGAAAACCCUUCUAUGCAGCGCAAGUGCUAAUGAGAGGACUCGACUUACGGACACUGUUAGCAACCUUUGUUGAUCCAAUGAAACAAGAGGUUUUGAUGACUGCUCCCUCCCAACGAAGCAAUUAUCGCAAACACACUGAACUGCCGCUGACGCCUUCAAGCUCUUGGUGGUAUGAUCUCAAGGAUUUCGUCGAACUUGAUUGGGACGCACCGACAGCCCCAACCUUGCACCUCCUUCCUCUCGCGACGUGUCCACGUUUCACAUAUUUUAAACAGAAGUCUGCUGGUGUCAAUGACACGGAAUCAAGUAAAUUUGGUUCGGAGAAGUCCCAUGGGUGUUUUCUUGGAGAAGAACCUUCUGUUUCUCAAACCCAAAUGUCUCUUGCACUCGCACGCGCUCAAGAACUGAGACAAACAGUAGAGACAGAACAUACCUUGCAAAAGAAGGGAAGAAAAGGGCUUCUUAACGUUGCGGCCACGGAAAAGAUGAUCAUCCUGCUGGAAAAAUAUGCCAAGGCUCUGCGAGAUAGCGAGUCUGGCUCUAAUGAUCCCAGCGCUCAAAGUUACUGCAUGGUGUCUGAAAUUGUUUCUCCUGCUGAAUGGGCUGAGUUCGAGAACGUCUAUCAAAUACAUUGCCCGAGUAUCCUCAUGGAUGACGCGAUCCGUGAUAUAAUGAUGCAAUACUACUACUGCUCCAGGGCGAGAAGGGGUAUAGAAUACCAUAUGUCUACACGAGCUGUCAAGUUUAUUCGUGAUCAAGCCAACGCUGCACUGGCUGUUGCGCGAGAAGAGGUGAAUCAAGAUCGUGUCAACAUAAGUGCAGCGCAGGUCGCAGCGUCGGCAUUGCUCAAGCUUCUGAAGGGAGACAGCACGAAGUCUUCCAUUGAUUUGAUGCGAGAAAAAAAUUAUGUCCAUCCUAGCCAGCCAGAUCCAUUGGAGGGAUGGGAUGAAGGCGUUUCCCUGCGCAAAAGCCACUGUUGUCUGUUGCUCAAACCACAGAUUGUUUUGCGAGGAGAAAGCACGAAAGACACUUGCGUCGUUGCAGCAGCUCAAGCGAAACUGCAAUCAUUCGCUAUCAUGGACGUCUCUAAUUUGGAUGAUCCUGUGAGCGGGAAGGUGAUGUCACGCAACUACACUACACUUUCGGGCCUACAAUCAUUCUCACCGACCCACACGGAAUUGGGCAGUGCCAUUGUCCCUCUUGAAGUGUUGAUAGAUCUUCGAUGCGAGAGCAGUCGCUUCGAGCGAAUCGUACCGCAAACCGAUGCGACCUUCCAUUACGACAAGUUCAACAGGUUGCGUUUGCGCAAUCAAGUUACAUCGAUUGCCACCAGGGUAUCGACAGAGAGUACAGCCACCGCCAACAACCACUUACAAGCUCAAACAGACCUCAUCCGUGUUCACAUUCCACGGUUUACUGUAACGGCAAACGAAGAGCACUUUCAGGCCAUCUCAAAUAUUCUGACUAAACUUCUUCUCUUUUCCGAUGCAGCUCACAAGACAAGAACAGAAAAAUUAGAAACUUUGAUCUUUACAUACGACUUUACGGAUCUUGUUACUGCUGCCAAUGUGGUGACCAGUUUGCAAUGCCGCCUCCGGGAUGCACUGGAGACAGAUCGAAUGACCGCCAGGAACUCUCGACGACUUGGUGGUAACGAUACGAAACUGAGUUUGUUGAAGCUCAGGGCUCAUAUUUUUCACCUCGCCGAAGAACUUAACCUGUUAUUCGAUGCCAUUAAACUCGCUCAAGACCGAUUCAAUGAUCAAUCUGAACAAAAUUCAGCUCUCCUGCUACACACAUCUUCUUCGGAGAUAUCAUGGAAAAUGCUAGACGAGCGAAGGAAUCUUCUGUCCAAGCUUGUCGUCCAAAACAUUGAUUUUCGCUGGCUCAGUAGGCAAGAUAGCUCGACUGUCAAUCACUUGGCUGUUGGUAACUUGACAGCAUUCGAUGGUUCUCGGUACGCUAUCUGGGCUGAGAUAUUAUCGAAGCACGACGAACCAGCAAAUCACCCCUUGCUGAAGAGAGGAUUAUUCCUUCUAGCCGACUGGACGGUUCUCGCUCCAGUAGGUGGGAUCACGAUAUAUGAAUCAUUUGAACUCUCCUUCCAUCCUUUGCGGCUCCAAAUUGAUGCGAAAGUUGGGCGAAGAAUCAUGGAAUAUCUUUGGCCCGACCGAAAACAACGAAUUAUGGAGGUUGAAGGCGCGGGGUCGCAAUCACCAUUUCCACAGAUACAAGUAGCCCAGAGCCCUGUCAGCCCUGUCCCUUCAAGAUCUUCUCUCGAUUCGCCGAGGGCACUGCAUAACUUCCGAAAUGCCGAAGAUUCGAAUGGAAAUAACUUAGUUCUUCCUUUGCGCAGACUUGGGACAUCUAGAUCGUUCACUGAUCUCCGAUCAACAAGAGACUACACUUUUCUCUUUCAGAGAAAUCAAUCUUCGGAUUCGAUUGAUAACGUUCCUAGCGCACCAUUUCUUGGCCCGCCAUUCCUGACGACGAGCAACGAGUCGGAUGCAGACGUUAUAAUCCGAAAAGCUGGGGAUGCUGCUGAAAUGAAAACGCGUUCGUCGCAAAAAAGCUUUGUCCUCGUCCGAGUUUCAAGGCAGGUCGGGCCUCUCCAUCUCUAUUCCGAAGGAUCCUUCGAGUGCCAUGACGCCCGUAUCCGAACUCGAGAACUCGAGUAUCGCAACCAAACAUGGAGUUUUGAAGAAUUGGUGAAUCAAUUCAUACCAUCGAACUUGAGCUGGAGGGGUUGGGUCAAGAUGGCGUUCCACCAACCUUUGCUUCCAGUGUUGCCUGUGGCCAAAGAACUGAUUUCUAAAACGAAAUGGACGAAAGGUGGAAGUCAGGCCCAUGAAAACCUCCAGAGAUUACUUCACUCGGAUGAGGACCCUCAGCUUGAUUGGAUGGAAGAAAAGAAAAGAACAUUGCCUUUAGUGCCAAAUCGUGGAUGGAGAAACGGCAUGUGGUCCAAAACCGACCUUGCGCCUGAUGUUGCGCCAGCUUUGAGCACAGAAGCAGAGGCUUUACCAAAAGCGGAGGGCUCGACGGGGCGUAAGCGAGUUAUGAGCUUGUUUAGAAGAGGAACGAAAAGCGGAUCAAAGGAGGGGAUGGAUGGUGGAUGA